AUGGAUCGCCCGGGGCCAGGCUCCACGCGCCCCGGCCAGACCGUGCGCGUUCGGGGUUACCGGGCCGAGUGGAAAGUACGGAACGGUAAGAAGCUGCAGCCCAGCGAGUGGGCGGAGCGAGGAGACCUAGGAGGCUUCAAAAGGGGGUGGAAGGAUACAUGGGCCUCAGUCGGAACUACUUUUCGAAGGAGGUCACGUGAGUUCCUAGUUGGGGAACUUUCCAAAUUCCCACUCCCCAGUGAUACCUCCGGAGGCAACCACUCUUCCUUUGCUCAGGGUGCUCUCGCCGGGUGCAGGCAGCGGGACCCCGGCCUUUCCCUCGCCGCGGCGGAAACGGGGGUUCGGACGAGCCUUCCGAAGGAGCGCUGUCGGGGCUGGCGCUUGGGGAGCUGGUUACACAAGCACCCACAUACAAACACGUGCCCCCGCCUCCCCGCCUGCUGGCUGCCGCCGAUUCUUACGGAACGCGGGGAGAAAGUUCCCAAGCUGGUCCCUUGCCUGCUACUCCUUGCCUGCUACCCUAAGAGCAAGCCAAAGGACCGAGACCUGAGACUCUGCUCUAGGUCGACCUACACUGCGCCUUCCCAAAUGUGGGAAAAGGAGCUGGGCGCUAGGGGUCUCGGUCCUCCGCCUGGCUGA